AUCAGGAAAGAUAAAGGUCUGGGUGAUAUUUAAUCCAUGUAAUGGUCUUCUAUGAAUCACACUGGCUCCAGCUAACCUGUCUGAAUAAAUCAACCAGUUAUUUAUUGCAACAAUAUGGACCUCACUCAACUGUUCCUGGCGACUGUCAAGACAAUCCGUCUUCGCCUCAAGGCUCAGCGUAGGUCGGUGAACGACUCUAACAUUCUGAGCAAGUCGUCACACAAACCAACUCAGUUCUCACAAGAAAGCAAAGAUUUAAUUAUGCGUAUUUCGAAACUUCGAGACUUUCUACUCGAGCACAGAAAAAAGUACAUCAAUUCAAUUGGACACUUGAUAUCAAAACCCUCUUCUAUGACCGACUCUGAGAGGGACCAGAUCGACAAUGAGGCUCAACAGUUCAUUCAAGAGCUCUCCAAACAAGUACAAGCCUUGCAUAAAGACGUGUCUUCAGUGAGUAUUGGUCUCCAGUGUCGAAAGCACCGUCAAGCUGUCUAUGAGUCAUUGGGAAACUACCUCAAAGACGUGUGCAAGUUGUAUAGUGAACAGAGAGCAAUCAGAGUCAAGAGAAUUGUCGACAGAAAAAGAACAGCUCGACUGCAACUUCAUGGCCACAAGAAACCUGUACUGGCACCCUCACCCACGGAGGUCUCCUCAGGUAAUGGUGACACUGGGACAGCUGAUGAUGAUGAAGGUUCUGGAGAAACUAAUGAUGAAGCUGAGGCACCCUCCGUUACUGUUGGCAUCAGAGGGGCAAACGACAAUGAUAGACUGGUGACUGUUAACCACGAGGCAGAUAUCCUCACCGAAGAAGAAAGGACUGUUUUUGCUCAGGAGAAUGAGCAAAUGUUUGCUGAGAUGAGCACCCUGGUGGAUGAAGUGAGACAGAUCGAAGGGAAGGUCAUUGAGAUCUCUAAACUGCAAGAGAUAUUUGCUGAGAAAGUAUUGGUACAGGCCAAGCAGUUGGAUAUAGCAUCAGAUCUGACGGUGACAGCAUCUGAAAAUGUGACGUCUGGAAAUGAGCAAAUCAGACAGGCAAUCAAGAACAAAGCAAGCCUGAGACUAUGGAUUUUGUUUAUAUUGAUCAUGUGCUCUUUCUCCCUACUCUUUCUUCAUUGGUACAGUUAAUAGCUGAUCCAAUUUAUGAGCUUUAAUUUUUGCUAACAAUGACCACAUACAUGUACAUAAUUUAUACAUACAGAUCGAUUUUAAUUAUCAUUAUGCUUUGAA